UGUAGUCUUCGUCGCGCUCGAACGCGCCAUUGCGGUGCUUCAUUUCCCAACAAGGCAAACCCAUCUCCUUUCUUAGGAAGCAUCCGAGAGAGAGAGAGAGAGAGAGAGAGAGAGAGUGGAGGAGGAGGAGGAAGACGAAGGAGAAGGAAGAAGAAGAGGAGGAGGAGGAGGAGGAGGAGGAGAUGGGAGGAGAUCGUAAGAUCGGGGUGGCGAUGGACUUCUCGAAGAGCAGCAAGAAGGCGCUGGGGUGGGCGAUCGACAACCUCCUCGAUCAUGGCGAUACGAUCGUCCUCAUCCACGUCCUCCAGAACAAGGCCGACGAAGCCAAACACGCCCUCUGGGCCCAAUCCGGAUCCCCUCUGAUCCCGCUUACCGAGUUUCGGCAACCGGAUCUGAUGAAGCACUACGAUCUCGACUCCGACAUGGAGGUGCUCGACAUGCUCGACACCGCUUCGAGGCAAAAGGAGGCGACGAUCGUGACGAAGCUCUACUGGGGAGAUGCGAGGGAGAGGCUGUGCCAAGCGGUGGAGGAUAUGAAGCUGGACUCGCUCGUCUUGGGGAGCAGAGGCCUCGGCCAGAUCCAGAGUCUGUACGCAGGUAAAGUGUUGAACAAGAGUGCAUGUGGAGUGUCGGACACGUUCCGUAAACGGAGCAUGUUGUAGGUUGCAGCUCACGGUGGAUAUGAGAGUUCACGCUACGGAAACACGAUUCAAUCAAACGACGGUGGAGGGAGGAUCACACGCUUCUCCGCACGCGCCAGCGCCGUACGAUCGAUGAUACCCCUCUCUCUCCUUAGCCCUCUCCAACUUUACUAAGGGACUGUUUGGUUGGAUGUAGUUGCAGAAACAGUGUAGUUGGAAAUACAUGCAGUUGCAAAUGCUGCAGUUGUAACUAAACCUAGUCUGUUUGAUUUUACGCAGUUGCAAUUGCUGCAGUUACAUUUC